AUGACGCAUCUGGAGCAUGUUUGUGCACUGGAUGGCCACAGCGAGCGCGUGUGGCACGUAUCCUGGCGAUUUGAUGGUAAAUUACUCGCGUCCUGCAGUGGAGAUCGUACCAUUCGACUCUGGGCCGCCAACAAUACUGGAUCUUGGGAAUGUACGGUCAUUUUGGAAGAUGCGCAGAGUCGAACCAUUCGAGCGUGCGAAUGGUCUCCCGAUGGCCGUUAUCUUGCGUCUGUGAGCUUUGACGGGACCACCGCAAUAUGGGAAAAGCAGGGUAAUUCGUACGAGGUCAUUUCCAGUCUCGAGGGCCAUGAAAGCGAAGUCAAGAGUGUGGCUUGGAGCCCCUCAGGUGCCUAUCUAGCUACGUGCAGCCGCGACAAAAGUGUCUGGAUAUGGGAGGCGGACGCUGACACUGACUUUGAGUGCAUUUCGGUGCUUCACGGCCAUAUGCAGGACGUCAAGUUCGUGACCUGGCAUCCGACCGAAGAGCUCCUUAUCUCGGCAAGCUACGACGAUUCUAUUCGUAUCUGGGCCGAAAAUGAUGAUGACUGGUACUGUAAAGAGACAUUGACAAGUCACACAUCCACAGUGUGGAACGUUGCUCUGAGUCCAGAUGGCAUGCAGAUGGCCUCGGUCUCUGACGACGCAGAUGUGAUCGUUUGGCAAUACAAUGUCAAUAGCAAGGAAUCAGAAGAAAACGGAAGUUCUAAGCAGUGGAAGCAAGCGUUUAAGCUUCCGAAAUGCCACGACCGCACCAUUUUCAGUGUGGACUGGUCCGUACAGGGUGACUAUCUUGUGACAGGAGCGUCCGACAAUGCCAUUCGCAUAUUCCAAGGCCAGCCAAAGGGCAGACCCACAUCGUUUGACCUUCUUAUUGAUCAGAAACAGGCUCAUACAAGCGACGUAAAUUGUGUGCGGUGGAGUCCACAGCUGCUAGAAAGUGGCGACAAAAAGAUGCUGUUGCUUGCCUCGGCAGGCGAUGACGCACUCGUGCGCAUUUGGAAUAUGACUAUUUAG